AUGGGCAGCCAGCUUCCCUCCAGCAAGGUCGACACCUUCUUCGAGCUGGUCAAGGCCCGGCGGUCGAUCUACGCGCUGAACAAGACGCUCCCCGUCGACAAGGCGCGGAUCCAGAGCCUCGUCGAGGACGCGCUGCAGCACGUGCCCAGCAGCUUCAACUCGCAGUCGAACCGCGUGGUGGUGCUGUUCGGCGCCGAGCACGACAAGCUCUGGGACAUCACGACCGACAUCCUCAAGGGCAUCGUGCCGGCCGACCAGUGGGAGGCGACGGCGACGCGCAUGGCCGGGUUCAAGGCUGGCGCCGGCACCGUGCUCUUCUUUGAGGACCAGACCGUCGUCGAGAGCCUGCAGACGAAAUUCGCGCUUUAUGCGGACCGGUUCCCCGUCUGGGCCGGCCACACCAGCGCCAUGCUGCAGUUUGUCCUGUGGACGACACUCGAGGCCGAGGGGCUCGGCGCCAGCCUGCAGCACUACAACCCGCUCAUCGACGCCAAGGUCGCCGAGGAGUGGAAGCUGCCUGCUACUUGGAAGCUGACGGCCCAGCUUGUCUUUGGCGGGCGGGCGAGCAACGAGCUUCCCGAGAAGACGUUCGAGCCGCUCGAGACGAAGCUCAAGGUCUUCGGUGCUUAG